AUGGACGAGUUCAAUAUCUCGAGCACGGCUGCCUUCCUGCCACUAUCAUUUUACGUGCUUGCACUAGGACUUGGUCCCGUACUCGGCGGGCCCUUAUCAGAAACGGCCGGUAGACAGGCUGUCCAUAUUAUCGCCGUAGUCUUUGGCGGUCUUUUCGCCCUGGGCGCAGGAUUCACCGAAACCUUUACCGGGGCUGUGCAUACUCAGAUUCUUGUCUGGGGGUUACCAUCAACAAUUUUCAUCCUGAGUCCGUUUCUGGGACCUGGCCUCGGGCUAGUUCUGGGGUCUUUAAUAGUUGACAGGAAAGAUUGGCGCUGGACACAGUAUACCAUAGUGUUCUUCUCCGUAUUUUCGGCAAUGUGGCUUUUUGUCGCUGGCGAGUCGUAUCACCCCGUCUUACUACGACGCCGUCGAAAGCAACUCGGCCUCGAUAAACCCGAACCGAUCCCCACCUCAACAAUGAAUUCGGCAAUUCGUCACUGUCCGUCUAUUUCGACCCCUACGGAUGCUUUUCACAGAACCCAUCGUGUCAAUACUUUCUUUGUAUGUGGCUGCAUGUUCGGAACACUGUUUAUGUUCUUUGGGGCUUUCUUCCACGUUUUCGGGGCGACACAUAACUUCAGUCUCACAGAGUCAGGUCUAGUCUUCUAG